AGACAGUUUCACCACACCACCGCUGGAUAGACGCAUAGACCCUAUCCGUCCAUAUAUAAACACCAAGAACAGCUUCACCAUCGCCUGAUAAAGACCCUAUCCGUAUAUAAAAAUCCAUUCAAUCCAUGGAAAUUCCUCGCAAUAAUCCAAGUGCCGGAGCUGCUUGAAUCCACAGAGAGACCUAGAGAUGGCGGUGGCCAAUGUUUGGGGCACUGUGAAUUCAAUUUCGUUGCCCCAAUUGAGACCACUCUCCUCGUCGUCAUCUUCUUCUUCUUCUGCUCCAUAUUCUUAUUGCUCUCAUUGCUAUUUGAAGAAAUCAGCAAACGCGACGCUGGUGUUGAGUCGUGAUCGGGCUUCCCCCAUAAGAAAGCAGCUUCUCAAGAGCCGCGAAAGUCCAAGGGUUUCUUGCCGUUGUAGCGCUGCUAACAGCUACGAGAAUAGCGGCGGCGACAAUUCUUCUUCUUCUUCUUCUGAGUGGGAUUGGAAUCGCUGGACCCGCCAUUUCUCCCAAAUCGAACAGUCCGAGAGCUUCGCCUCUGUUCUCAAGUUUCAACUGGAAGAUGCAAUUGAAAGGGAAGAUUUCCAAGAAGCUGCAAAACUGAAAACAGCUGUUGUGGAAGCAACAGCAAAAGACAGUGUUGCUGAAAUAAUGUCUCAGUUAAAGAAUGCUAUAGAAGAUGAGCGCUAUCAUGAUGCUUCACAAUUGUGCAGGCAUACAGGAAGUGGCCUGGUUGGUUGGUGGGUGGGCUUUUCAAAGGAUUCUGAUGAUCCCUUUGGCAGGUUAAUACGUAUAACUCCUGGUGUGGGUAGAUUUAUUGGCAGGAGUUAUAGUCCAAGACAGUUGGUCACUGCAUCCCCUGGAACACCUCUAUUUGAAAUUUUUGUGGUCAAAGAUGCUGAUGAGACAUACACUAUGCAGGUAGUGUUCUUGCAACAAGCCAAAGGAAGUUCACCAAGCACGACAAGUUUGUCAUCCAAUUCCAAAUCCCCAGAAGGUCCUUCCAGUUCCGAGAUUGAUGAUGCUUCUGUGGUUGACACUAAUAGGAGUGAAACUAAAGCAGAGAAAAGUGAGGACAAAAGCAUAAAUGUAGAGGGAGCAACUGAGGAAGGGAUAUCAAGUGUAAUAAAUUAUCUAAAAGAAAAAAUUCCUGAAUUGAAAUUGAAAGUGAUGAACAUUAAUGUCACAGAAGAAGUUAUAGAGGACACUGAUGCUGUGAAUCAAUUUAAGCAAGAAGACAAUGAGAGUAUGUCUGGUGAAGAUUCUGGUGAUGAAGCCAGCAAUUUGGAUGAUAGUCAGCCCGACCAGGUUGCUCCAGGGGAGAGUGAUGAUGCAACAGAAGAUGGAAAGAAUUUAGAUAUGAAGGUUUUUAUUGGAGGGAUUUUACAUAAUAAAGAAGACACUUCCACUAAGGAUGAGUAUGUGCGUGUGCCAGCUGACAUUAAAGAUAUGGAGAGAGAUUCUUUUGUGCUUCGUAUUCCCACGAGAAGUGAAGAUUGUGAGAGUGAAGAAACUGUAGUUCCUAAGGUCAAAGUGGCAACUAUAGCGGCUAAAGGUGUCUCUGAACUCAUGCCACCUGAUGUUGCCAAGGCAUUUUUGGGUACUGAUAAGGUAUCUUCAAAGGUUUCUAGAGACAUGCGAGAAAUCAUCAAAUUUGCUGUUAGUCAGGCUCAAAAGAGGGACAGAUUAUCUGAGUAUACAACUUUUAGUCGAAUUACAUCUUCUGAGGGCAAUGUAGAUCCUUUUGAGGGGCUAUAUGUCGGUGCAUUUGGCCCUUAUGGCACUGAGGUAGUUCAGUUGAGACGUAAAUAUGGUAGCUGGAAUAGAAAAGAUGACACUGAUGAAUCUUCAGAAGUUGAGUUCUUUGAGUAUGUUGAGGCAGUAAAGUUGACUGGAGAUCUUAAUGUCCCUGCCGGCCAGGUUACUUUCCGUGCAAAAAUUGGAAAAGGGAACCGCAUCUCCAACCGAGGGUUGUAUCCAGAUGAAUUAGGAGUGGUCGCAAGCUAUAAGGGUCAAGGUAGGAUAGCAGAAUUUGGAUUCAGAAAUCCAAAGUGGGUUGAUGGUGAGCUCCUUCAACUCAAUGGCAAGGGCAUCGGACCAUAUGUGAGAGGAGCUGAUCUUGGUUUCCUCUAUGUUGUACCUGAGCAGAGUUUUCUAGUGCUAUUCAACCGCUUGAAGCUACCAGACUGAGUCACUUUGACCUAAAUCUAUUCAAAUUGAAUGCCUUGCAUAUAGUGGGACUCCGAGUAAGAGAAAAUAGUUUUGUUUUCUUUCAGAAUAGGAGAUGGUUUGACCCUAUAAUGUACUAGUAUCCAUAUUUCCCUUUCUAUACUUUUAAGAAGUGAUGUUUUCUUUAAAAGAUUUUGAAUAAAAAAGAGGCAGAAAAACAAAAAUAAAAACCAAAGAGGGAGGAUACCAUCUUUCCUUGAGGUUGAAGGAUUUAUACUUGCUUGAAAGGGCAGUAGUACCUUCUUAAACUGCCCAUUCUUUCAAGGAAAAAAACAAUAGAAAAUAGGAGAGGAUGCAAGGGAUAGAUUCUUAAUUUUUUAAGAGUUACUUUGAUCAA